AAUUUAUCCACACCUGAUUAACUCUCAAAACUAUAUAUAUGGAUUUUUGACACACACACUGACUCACUCACUUUGUUUCAUCGUGUGCUUGCUCACUGUACACUUGCGGAUUUUCAUUAUCCAUUAACAAUAAACUAUCUCUACAACUGAUGUUCAGGCUUCUGAAUAAUCUCGAGUAAAUCCGUAAUUCGACUAGGAGAUUAAGCCUACCUUAAAUACUCAGUUUACGGAGAUAUUAUUUAUUGGAGUCAGAUAUUGAGGACAUUAGCCUCAACAUAUUAGCAAGCUGCCGUCACAACAAUUCAUAAUAAACGUUGAACAGAAAUGAAUUUCAUCUCCAUUAGUCUAUUACUAUUUUUAUCUAUUGCAUCAUUAUCAAUUAUGCCAAUGGUAAUUACCGAAUUCAGUAAUCUUUAUAUUCCAAUUGAAUUUAAUGAAAAUAAUCAAAUGUUCCUUCGAUUGGAACAACUUAAGCUUGUAUUGGAUAAAGACGAUCAGUUGACAGUGAAAGAUGGUGAUUGUGUAACAACAGUGGAUUUGGCUGCACCGAAUGCCAAAGAAAUUAAAGCUAACAAAGCACAUAGGCAAGUGACAAGAAUAUGCACAUCAUGGUAUAGUAAAAACGUGGCAAAAAAGUCUAAUUCAACCGUUAAAAAGUAGUACAUUUUAUUAGAAUGUGGAAAAUUUUACUUUGC